AUGAUUCAGUCGGUUGCUCCUUCCACCGCUUCUCCCACCCAAUCAGAUGUUGCACAGCCAUGGACAUCAAUCAUUAUCUUUCUCCUUCGAUUAAAUCCAUUCUUAUUCCAAAGCUCUUUCUUCUUGGCUCCGCCGCUUCGCUUCCGAUUAGACCAAGAGGGCAAAAUCGAUACCUCUAUGUCACGGGAACAAAAAAACAUAUGA